CCCUGCGUACAACCCAGCGCGCGCACAUGCUGCCGGAAGCCGCCUGCUGAAAGGCACAGUGUCUCGGUUCCCAACAAACAGCUAGCGAAGGGUGCAGCGAAGAAGGAGAUGCGGUACUGCUGAGAAGCGAGGUUGGAGAUGUUCAGGUUCAUUUGCCAUGGAUACAGAGAUUAUACCAAAAUUCUCCUCCAUAGAUGAGGAGCUAGAAUACUGGAAAUCACUUGCCUUGAAGUAUCAAAAAAGCUGCCAGGAUGCACAUGAGGAACUAUCGGAAUUUCAGGAAGGCAGCAGGGAGCUUGAAGCUGAAUUAGAAGCUCAACUGGGACAGGCUGAACACCGAAUUAGAGAUCUGCAUGCAGAUAACCAAAGACUGAAAAAUGAGGUAGAAACCUUGAAGGAAAAACUUGAACACCAAUACACACAGAGCUACAAGCAGAUAUCUAUGUUAGAAGAUGACCUGGGUCAGACGAGAGCAAUCAAAGACCAACUGCACAAAUACGUGAGGGAGUUGGAACAAGCCAACGAUGAUUUGGAAAGGGCAAAGAGAGCAACAAUAGUGUCUUUAGAAGACUUUGAACAGAGGCUAAACCAAGCCAUUGAAAGAAACGCUUUUUUGGAAAGCGAGUUGGACGAAAAAGAGUCCUUAUUGGUAUCCGUCCAGAGAUUAAAGGACGAAGCCAGAGAUCUUCGGCAAGAGCUGGCGGUGAGAGAAAGACAGACUGACAUAACACGAAUGUCUGCUCCCAAUUCUCCAACGCUGGACUGUGAUAAAAUAGACUCAAGUGUGCAAGCAUCCCUAUCCCUACCAGCUACUCCAGUAGGAAAGGGGACAGAUAUUGGUUUCACAAGCCCAAAAGUUAUACCAAAUGGUUGUGGCAGCUCACCUUUAACACCAUCAGCGAGAAUAUCUGCUCUCAAUAUAGUUGGUGAUUUGCUAAGGAAAGUAGGGGCAUUGGAAUCAAAGCUGGCAGCCUGCAGGAACUUUGCAAAAGAUCAAGCAUGUAGGAAGGCCUAUACGCCAGGCAAUGGCAACCUGAUGAACAGCAACAAUACAAAGUUUUCUCACUCCUUACACACAACGUACUUUGAUAAAGCCAGGAAAGAGAUGGUCGUAUUUCCUGCACUUAUUCUGGCAGGACGGUAAACGGACUCGAUCAAGGACCACUCCCCGGCAUUGGCUCUCCCAGAUCGUCUCCCCCUCCUGGCAUGCUCCCGCUGAGCGUCUGACCACCACUGCGCCUUGCUGUUGGACUCCCAGCCUCCUCUGCUGCCACUUUCACCACUGACCCCUUGUCCCCCCGUUCCCCUCUGCACAAAUCACGCGAGGAGGCGUGAGGUUCAUUAACUGGUAACGCGAGGCAUCACCCCUUUCUGAGGUCAGCAGAGCACAUUACACCUUUGGUUUGCUGCUGCAUUGUGGGUAAUACUGACUUGCUACAAAAACUCUUCACUUUAUUUUUUUUUUUCUUCUGUUGGCACACAGUUUAAGAAGAUUGACAUUUUUUUCUUCUUUUAAGUAUUUAUGUUCAAUGACUUUUUUUUUUUUUUUUUUUUGACUGAAUGUUACGACGACACCUUUGCAAGGACAAGAGGUUUUAUUUAAGCACUUGUUUUAACCGUUCAAUAUUUAUGUUAAAUUAUUAUGAUGUUGGAUACUAACCCAUACACUUGUACGAUACGAAGGGACUCGAGGACGGCGACUCGCUCGCAGCUCUUUGUUAACGUGUCGCGUUUCUGUGGUGCCAAUCUGGCCGGGGGCUCGACGACGCACCCUGUACAGUUGGCCAGUGGGCUCGCCGCACCUCAUCCGUAGGCCCUGUGGCAGUGGCUCCCAGCCUUCAGCAUAAGAAUAUUCCACAAGAAGAAUUUGUGUCAUCUAAAUUUGGACCCCUUUAGGUGUGCAAAGUGGGCUUUGGGAUGAAGGCGACCGACACAGCACCCCCCCUUGCUGUGUUUUGGCCAAAGUGCCUUUUUUAUUUUUUUUUUUUGUGUGAGGAGCGUCGCUUUAACCCUUUUGGCUUUAGAUAGUGACGGUGACGAAGACAGAGGUGUGCACAUCUGAGCCCCUCUCCCGAUUCUUGAUAUUACGGUUCAUGGAAUGCUUUCUGCAGAAUUUGAGAUAAUCCUGUUUUGUUCAAGGUGGGGGCCGAAUGGGAGGAAGGGUCAUUUCUGUUUUUCUCUAACCCCCACCCCCUUUAGACUCGCACAUCCUGUAACCCCGCACUUUAUAUCACUUAACUGGGUGGGUGCCGUGGCCGUGCGCUUGGGACGGCUCUUCAGUACUGGACUGUCACGUUUAGGCACAAAAGAAAGACGGAGACUGAGACGAAAGUGUGCCCUGUGCCGCCCAUCGGUGCUCCUCCCCCCCCCUAACCCCCACCCAUCUUGUUUUCUCUUUGCGAGUAUCGGCGAGACCGUGUAUGUAAAAUAGCAAACAGUUUAGUUUUAACCGUUGUCAUUUGCUGACUGCGUAUUGUGACUAAUCUACCACUUGUACAUUUGUUCGGGUUGGGCUGGGGAGUUGCAUUCGUGAAGUUCUGUUUUUAAUGUGCCUCCGUUUGGUGGAUUUGUAAAGGAACAACCAACCAAAGCGCUCGUUAUUUUCAUCAAUCUACAAAAAGAAUAAAAAUAUAAUUGUGCUUGGUUUGGUAUGAUCUUGUCAAAGUUGCUCAUUAUGAAGCAAAGGCCAUGAGACAAAAUGGACUUUGUAAUUGAAAUUCUGUGCUUAUUUAAUUUAAUAAAGACGGUUUAUUUCAAUUCUU